GGAGUCUCCGGAGAAGUUAGGGCAGGAAGCGGAAGUGACGUUUUAAAGACGCGCCCGCGGCGAGGCCGCCUCGGUUGCAUGGCGAUGAACAGCCGGCUGCAGGAGAUCAGGGAGCGACAGAAACUGCGCCGGCAGCUCCUGGCCCAGCAGUUGGGAGCUGAAAGUGCGGAUAGUAUUGGUGCCGUAUUGAACAGCAAAGAUGAUCAGAGGGAAAUCGCUGAAACGAGAGAAAACUGCAGGGCUUCUUAUGAUACUUUAGCACCAAAUGCAAAACGGAAAUAUCCAGAUGAGGGAGAGGCUGAUGAAGAAGAAAUUGAAGAAUAUAAGGAGGCUUAUAUUCAUAGACAGCCCACUUCUUCCUUCAUUAAGAAGCGGAGUCAUAAUGAAGAGAGAAACAGCAUGUGCCUACAUGCAUAUAAAAUCUGCUUUAUUCCAAAGGAUGAAGUAGAGCUGCAUCAAGAUGAAGAGAACCUGCCCUAUGAAGAAGAGAUUUACAAAGAUUCCAGUACCUUUCUGAAGGGAACCCAGAGCUUAAAUCCUCACAAUGAUUAUUGUCAACACUUUGUGGAUACAGGACACAGGCCGCAGAACUUUAUCAGAGAUGUGGGCUUAGCAGACAGGUUUGAAGAAUAUCCCAAACUUAGAGAGCUCAUCAGACUAAAGGACGAACUAAUAUCUAAAUCUAACACUCCCCCAAUGUAUUUACAAGCAGACUUGGAGGCCUUUGACACUAGAGAACUAAAGUCCAAAUUUGAUGUGAUUCUUCUGGAACCUCCCCUGGAAGAAUACUAUAGAGAGACUGGCAUCACAGCCAAUGAAAAGUGCUGGACUUGGGAUGAUAUUAUGAAACUGGAAAUUGAAGAGAUUGCAGCCUCAAGGUCUUUUGUCUUUCUGUGGUGUGGCUCAGGGGAGGGUCUGGAUCUUGGCAGAGUGUGUCUACGCAAGUGGGGUUACAGACGAUGUGAAGAUAUUUGUUGGAUUAAAACCAAUAAAAACAAUCCUGGAAAGACCAAGACUCUGGACCCUAAAGCUGUUUUCCAAAGAACAAAGGAACACUGCCUUAUGGGUAUUAAAGGAACAGUCCGCCGCAGUACAGAUGGUGACUUCAUCCAUGCUAAUGUUGAUAUUGACUUAAUUAUCACAGAAGAGCCUGAGAUUGGCAACAUAGAAAAACCUGUAGAGAUUUUUCACAUCAUUGAACACUUCUGCCUUGGAAGAAGACGCCUUCAUCUUUUUGGAAGAGAUAGUACAAUCCGACCAGGCUGGCUGACUGUGGGACCCACCCUCACAAACAGUAACUUUAAUGCAGAAACCUAUGCCUCCUACUUCACUGCUCCAAAUUCCCAUCUGACUGGUUGUACAGAAGAGAUUGAGCGACUUCGACCUAAGUCACCACCUCCAAAAUCCAAGUCGGACCGAGGAGGUGGAGCUCCUAGGGGAGGAGGAAGAGGCGGGACUUCAGCUGGCCGGGGAGAAAGAGGCAGAGAGAGGAAUAGAACUAAUUUCCGGGGCGAAAGGGGUGGAUUCAGAGGGGGCCGCGGAGGAACCCACAGGGGAGGCUUCCCCCCACGCUGAUUACAUUUCAGUCAUUAGUUCUCCCUCUGGUCCUAUGCCUCUUCUUUUCCAUAUCUUUUUUUUAGUCAUGUUUCCACUGAGAUGAGUCAUUCCGGGGACUUUUUUUAAUUGAUUGUGCUUUCUGCAAGCAGUUCCAGAUACUUUACCUGCUCACAUCUGGCACAUCACCUUACUUGGCAGGUGGGAUCCAGUACCUAAUGGCAAUGAGCUAAAAAGCUGCUGGCAGCUUUCAUUCACCAGGAAGGUGGUCAGAGCAGACUGGGAACAUCAGAAGGGGUUAGCUCCCCAAGCUGUGAUUAGGAUUUGAAGAGGAAUCACUUGUUCUGAUCUUUUCCAACUUAAAAAAAAAAAAAAUCUCUUUCAGCUUUUUUCUUUAACGUUUCCCUAUAAACUCUGAACAAAUCCCCUCUUCCCUUUUGCGUAGGUAUCAGUUUCUUUCCGUGGUCAAUAUGAUGGGUCAGGACUCAGAGAUGCAAUUUGAAUUUGCAUGAUGAUAAUACAGACUUGCAUUGUAUUUACGGAAGGAAAAAUGGUGUGUCUAUAAUAGCAUUUAUUUCUUCCUCCCCUAUAUUCAUAACUAAACAGAGGAGUAAUAUUGAAUAAAUAGAGCUCUAUUUUUUUCUAUUUGUUUUAAAUUCCCAGUCAUUCCUGGGAGUAGUUUUGUAGUAGUUUUAUUUUUGACUUGUCAGAUAUAUUUAAAACAUUUUUAUCUUUGAUGUUUGGACUGAAAAACCAGAAACAAUUUUAUGUUGUCACUUGUAAUGCUUCACGGAAAGCAAAAAGUGGCAGUCAUCCAUAUUUGAUCUAGAACUUUUGUUUACGUAGACAUGCAUUGUUUUAAAGUAAAGAAUCUUGUCCAUUGCCUGUUAACUGUCUUAUUCAUGACUAGGGAAAGCCAAGUUUUAUUACAAAAUAAAUGCAGUAUGAAUAAUGAAACAGCCCCAAUGGAGGUAGUAUUUGGGGAAAGGGGAGAAAGCCAUAAAGAGGAAAAGUGCUUCCAGAGAUAUCUGGAUAAAUUCCACCUGCAAACACAAUGCUCAGUGAUUGAAAAAUUGUGUUUUAAGCUUUGCAUAGUAAGUGAUGUGGGAAUGAGAAUGUCUUAUAGAAAAUCAGCUUCAGAAUACAACUUUGAAAGAGAGAGAUUCACCUUUAUUGUAACUGUGUGGUAUUUGGUUUUAGAAAAGCCAGCUCUGUAAAUCAUUUGUAUAGUACUUGAUGCAUAUGAACAAAUCCUGGCCCCACUGAAGUCCUGGGGAUUUUGCUAUGGAUUUCAUUGAGACUAGAAUUUGGCCCUAGGACUCUUGUACUACUUAUCUACUGAACUUUUAAAUGAAUGUCCUGUAAAGUGGUGAAUAAUGAAAUUUCUUUCAGUAUUGUUUUUGAUAAACAUCUUUCCUAAUA